ACACGAUAAAAUUAAUGUCAGCUUUCUUUUGUAGGAUACCGGGGAAAUGCAUUUACGAGUUCAGACUUAUCUCGAGGAAAAAAAAAUUUCAAAGCUCUUUAACUUCCUAAUUGGUCAUCUUCUUGUAGAGGAAUCACCCGAUCCAAUUCAAUACCUAGAAAAACUUCUUAAGGAAUGCAUACUAUACAGAUCGGGUGUGAAAGAGUCGCCAUUAUUAUUUAAAACAAGGCACAUUAGAAGUAUAUUUCAAUCACUUGGUCCAGAUGAUUCCAAUACCAUUUCUUUAGAUAAAUAUACAACCGGCAUGAUUACAUUAGGCAUCUGUGAUUACGAACCAAAUCCUUUCGAGUGUAUGCCUGGACACGUAGAUUGGCAUACAUUCAAAACAGAAGCAAGACGAUGUUUGGAAAAAGCUCUUGAUGAUAUGAUCGGCAAGAAUGACAUAUUUUAAAAAAAAAACUACCGAGCUAUUCAUAUUCUUUGCACCAAUAUACAGAAUACAAAUUUAAAAAGUUUGAUUGAAAGGCGCCAAUUCAAACGUAUUUAAAUCGAUUCAGAGUAUUUACAAAUUUUUCCACUUGGUGGCGUUUCGUCAAGUACAAGACCCUUUCUCCCAUACUACCUUGUACGUCAGUUAGAUUUGUCGUGUGUACCGCGCAAGCAGUGGCAUUGGGUGCCAUUGUGUCGAGCAGCUCCGUCGAGUAAACUUGUGUCUGUAUUUGCGCAUAAGACAGCUAUUAUAUACGAAGGAACGAAUACAUUUAUUUGAGAGACAACGCAUAUCGUAUAAAGAAAGAAGACGAGCUUUAUUGUAAACACAAUUUCGAUAAUUAUAUAUAAGAAAACGUAUUUUGAAGGAAGAAAAACAUCCUCGAUCGUGUUGUACGCAAUACACACGUGCGUUUGCCUCGAGCUUAAUCACUAUAUAUACACGAUGCGAUGAUCGCCGAUGAUACGCAACGAAAUCAUAAAGAAACUCUUUCGCGCGCCAACGAACACGAAACGAGCGUACGGAAAGAAGCCAACGACUUUCGAAAGAACGCCUAAUCCAACGGUACAACCUGUUAGCCACUUCUAGACCCGUCUUCUAAAAUCAACAUUGGAAUGGACCACCCACUUCACGAACUAACUCUACAUAUCUAAGGAUCUUUAGAAAAGUAAGGGCACUUCGAGGGGACAAAUUUUUCAAGGAGAAAUCACGGACGACUUUUAAGAAAAAAAUGCAAAUGUCGUUGUCGAGGGACUUGAAAAGACAGCCGUAAUAACGAGCGUCAGCAGAUACAGCAAUAGAUAGAUAUAAAUAGAAAAGAAGAUAAAACGUAAGGG